CUCGCUCGGCCGCGCUGGAAGGUUCCGGGCCUGGGCCAGCCACGGUGGCGGAGCGGAGCCAGGCGCUCUCCUGUCCCAGGUCCGGCUCGGAGGGUGAGGGAAGCGGCGGCGGCGGCGGCUGCCAGGCGGGGCCGGGGGCGGAGAGGCGGCCUCCCGUCUCCACUCGGGUGGCCGGACCGCCAACCCCGCGAGGGCAUUUUCUUCGCCGCCUGGUUGGUGUGGAAAAGAUGUCCCGCGUCCCCUUGGGAAAAGUCCUUUUGCGGAAUGUCAUUCGCCACACAGAUGCCCACAACAAGAUUCAGGAAGAGUCCGAAAUGUGGAAAAUACGGGAGAUGGAGAAGCAGAGCCAAGAGAUAGACUGGGGCACACACCAGAGGACUCUUCUGAACAGCUCCAGCAGCCGGAUGCGUAGCGAUGGCUUUGACGAAGACAGCCAGCAGGCCACCUGGAGGACAAGGAACAUGCCGGUUAUGGCAGUGACUAUUGAAGACGACCUUCGACACGCCCGGUACUGGAACAAGAAGCUCUACGAAUGCGAAGCGAACAUGCCAGACAGAUGGGGUCACAGUGGCUACAAAGAGUUGUAUCCAGAAGAAUUUGAUACAGACAGCGACCGGGAACCAGACGAACAAAACUCGGUGAAUGGCAAAAGAAAAUCCCAGCCGGGCAAGCCGAGUUCCGCGAAGCUGCACAAAAGGAAAAAGGCCAAGAAGUCACACAAGAAGAAGCAGAAAAAGAAAUCUCACAAGAAGAAAAAGAAGAAGAAACGAGAGACGGGAGCGGCUUCUUCCCAGGAGUCCGAGGGUUCGGAGGGAGAGCCCCCCAAGAGGAAGAAGAAGCGCCACGCGAAGGGCAAAAAGGCCUCAGAGGGGCCUCCCGCUUCGUCCUCGGAUCCCGGCAGCGGCUCCAGCAAAGCCAGCAGCUGCCUCUCCAGCCACUCUGGGGAGAGUGACUCAGAGGAGCCGGCCAGGAAGAGGCGUAAACGCCAGGCUUCCCUAUCCGAAAGAGCGGGCGACAGGGCGCCUGAGAAACGCAGCAAGAGGAAGAACUGGAAAGUAGCGGCUGACGAGAACUCCGAGGACAGUUCGGAGGAGGAUUAGAACCCAGCUCCAGGACAGAGCUGCCCCCCCCUUCCCUCCCUAGACACAGCCCUGCUUGGAACAAACUUGGAUUGGGUUCCGCUGGCUGGGGCGGGGGUUAAUUUGAAUUUCCCAUGGGCCAGAGAGAAAAACCAAGGCUUGGAUUCCUUUUGCCUGCCACGUAUUCUAGCCGGACAGUCCCUUUGUCCCCUCCCCAAUUGGGACGGACCUUCCAAUGACAGAAGCUCCGCUCUCGAAGGCGGCAGGAACGCUGGAUGGUUUAUAGUCUUCCCCCUUUGCCUUUGAAAAAUCAUCACCUGGAGUUUAAUUUUUUUUUUUUAAUUGGCGAAGACUCGCAGACAAAUUGCAAUAAAAGCACGAGGGAGAGAGGCCGAGGAGGUGUUCCCCAAGCAAGUAGGCAGGUCGCGCUCUGCGAUUUGAACGUGUCCUCUCCUGUAGAGGUAAGGGGGGCAGAGUGGCUGAGUAAACGUAACAGACCCCACUGCAGCCUCAGGGUGGACUAAGUGGUCGCCUCGUGAAGAAACGGGAGACCCCCCCCACGCCUCUCCCUGCUUGGAAGAAUGCAGGUCAUCCUAUCCGUUCACUUGCCGUUGGGGGACCGGGUCUUGUUUUGGCUGGCCGAGUCCUCUUCUUCAAUUAUCUCUUGCUGCCAGAAGUUAAUUCCAGAGAAAAUGCCGAGCCCUCAGCGUCUUGUUGCCAUUAAUAGAACGAGCAACAGGGAAGGAUCUAUCUUUGCAUACGGUACCGAAUUAGGAGCCAUGUUAUGGGUAGGAUUUCUUUCUUUGCUUUUGGUAAAGCUCUUCAUGGUUUUCUAAUGUCGGUUACGUGGCUGUGGAAGGACUCACUGAAGAACAUUCCCAGGAUACAGGCCAAAUCACACUUGCCUUCCUAUCUGCCCAGACAACUGCAGUUCUGCAAGAGGGACUGGGCACCCUGGCAGAAUUCAGAACUUCCUUAACACAUUGUACUUCCUGAAAUAUGGGUGAAGCCUUGGAAAUUAACAAAGAGAUUUGCUAAAUAUGCCUUUACUCAUCAAAAAUACACUGAGCAGGUUUGUUGAAAACUGAAGGCACUAACACAGAACAGUUCUCUAUUGCUGGCCAUUCCCAAUUCCCCUUCACAAAGUUUUGGAAAAUACUCACUUCAACCUUCUUCCAGCUUUGUAUUUAAUACUCUCUCCCCCCCCCCCCCUCUCCCUGAACAAAUUUGUCUAAUAUUAUACGUCUGUGGAAUGACCCUAUUCUAAAAUGUAGAAUAAUAAGCUGGGCUUUUUUUUUCUUUUGGUCCUUUGUGUACAGGGAUAUAAAAAGUAUUUUUGGAAAUAAUCGUUGCUACGAGAAGCGAAGCCAUUGAAAUUAUUUCUAUGAAAAAAAAUCAAAAACUUAUUUUUUUAUACAUGCAAAACACUGGCAUGAGUUGAUUUAAAUGGGUCCGCAGAAAUAAACAGUGUUGACUUUAGCCAAAAAAAAACAAAAAACAGGCCUCCUUUAACUGCAUUUCUGAUUUGUGAUGUGGGAACAAAGAUUCUUGGGUUAUACUCAAAGGACGUGUCUCUGGCAUAGAACAGAACAAACGGAUCUAAAGGAUAAGGAAUUCCACAGAGGGGCAAGGGUGAAUUUUUUUCUAUCUUUAGUUUUUUCAGAAGAUAGCAUUUGGCUUGUGACUGAUUGAAAACAGCAGGUGCCUCUGUGCAGCUUUAUAGGCCAAAGUGAUACUUUCUAGU